CUGCCUAGGGAGGCGCCGAAGGAGAAAAAGAAGAAGAGAUGGGUCAAGGACAAGAGAAAGGACACCGGGGAAGUAGAGGUAAAGACCCGGCCAACCCUGCUGGAGGAUCCCAGACGAGUUCCCGAACAUCCGCCAAGUCAACUCCUCGAGGAAGACCCUGAACCCCAAGUGGUCUUGGUUGUUCAAGAAGAUGCGACAGAGAAGUCAGCACUCUUCAACACCGAGAAAACUCAGGAGGCCACCCACAAAAUCAUUCUCAAUCCCCUCGAGAUCAUGGAGACUGACGCCCCAACAUCUGAUUCCCUGGAUGACCUGGGGAAGUAUUCAGGUGAGCAGGAUAAGCCUAGCUCCCUGAUGACACCUCCAACCACUCCAGUGGCCCCAGGGACCCCAAAAGGAGAUGAGAGUAGCUCACAAGGGCAAAAUCAACUUCUGGAGGGGGAAAGUGAGCGGAGUGAAGCCAGCUCCCUGGACAACUCUAACCAUGAGCAAACUGGUGAGAAGGACUUGACAUCUGGCGAGUCAACAUCAUCGAGCUCCCAGUACUCCUCCGCGGAGACCGUCCAGGAUACCAUUCCCAGUGACCCUCAACCCCGAGACCAAGCCACAAGUUCCCCACGUCCAAGGGGCCGACACAUCAAAGCGUCCAGAAGGUCUCCAUCGAAGCAGCCCCGGGAGCUGGACUCCUCGGUGUGGCGCAAGUUGGAGCCCUACAAGGACUCCCUGUGGAGGCUCGACAGGAAGCUACCAGGACUCAUUCGGGCUCUGAAAGGCACCUUGCGCCUGGCUACUGGCAGGACUAGAGUGCCUCAAUUCCCGGAGCCUAGCACCAGUGGCAGCUCGAGCAGCAGUAGCUCGAGCUCCAGCAGCAGUAGCAGCAGUGAAGACAGCUCCUCCGACAACUCUACUACAUCACGCUCACCGAGGCGGGACCGGGAAAACUCAGCAGGCUCCCGGGGGAAGAAGUUGGAGUGUGAGCAUCGUGCUAGCGCCCAGAUAGCGGAAGCCCAGCCCAUUAAAAAGGGAGAAGAGACCCCAACGACAGAAGUCGCCUCAUUUCAACCGGCCCCGCGCCUCCGAGAUGUUCGGCGACCAAAGCAGCCAGAAGGACGCCCAGAAAUCUAG